AGCAUUUACAAAUAAGCUGCACCGAAAGCCCGGCGAAGCCAAAGCGCAAUGGCGGCGUCUCCAAGCGUCACAUUCUCGUCUUCUUCCCCAACUCUUCAAACCCUACGCAAAAGCUCCCCAAUCUCUCUCUCGCAUCGCUCCUUCUCGAAUGCUCGCUUUCUCUCCGACGCGUCCACCUCCCGCUUGCCUGGCCGUCGCUCUUUCUCUCAUCACUGCCGGCGGGCGCGCCCCUUCGCCGUCCUAGCGGAGUCCGACAACGGCGGCGCCGAGCUUCGCCACUACGACUUCGAUCUCUUCACCAUCGGAGCGGGCAGCGGCGGGGUUAGGGCUUCCCGUUUUGCCGCCAAUUUCGGCGCCGCCGUUGCCGUAUGCGAACUCCCUUUCGCCGCUGUAUCUUCGGAUACGACCGGUGGAGUUGGUGGAACGUGUGUGCUCCGUGGAUGUGUGCCAAAGAAACUACUUGUGUACUCAUCCAAAUAUUCUCAUGAAUUUGAAGAGUCACAUGGUUUUGGAUGGAAGUAUGAUGAAGAACCUAAACAUGAUUGGAGCACCUUGAUGGCUAAUAAAAAUGCUGAGUUGCAGCGUCUUAUUGGUAUUUACAAGAAUAUUCUGAAAAAUGCUGGUGUUACUUUAAUUGAAGGGCGAGGAAAGGUUGUGGAUCCACACACAGUAGAUGUGGAUGGAAAACUCUAUACUGCAAGGCACAUACUAAUUGCGGUUGGGGGACACUCCUUCAUUCCUGAAAUUCCUGGACAUGAAUAUGCAAUAGAUUCAGAUGCUGCCCUUGAUUUGCCUUCACAACCUAAGAAAAUUGCAAUAAUUGGAGGAGGGUAUAUUGCUCUUGAGUUUUCUGGCAUCUUUAAUGGUUUGAGAAGUGACGUCCAUGUAUUUGUAAGAGGGGAAAAAGUUUUGAGAGGCUUUGAUGAAGAGAUAAGAGAUUUUGUUGUGGAGCAGAUGUCUCUAAGAGGGAUUGAGUUCCACACGAGUGAAUCUCCUCAGGCUAUCCUCAAAUCAGCUGAUGGUUCUCUGUCUUUGAAGACUAACAAAGGAAUGGUUGAUGGUUUCUCUCAUAUCAUGUUUGCAACAGGUCGUAUGCCUAAUACAAAGAAUUUAGGGUUGGAGACUGUGGGGGUAAGAACAACUGAAAAUGGAGCAAUAGAGGUUGAUGAAUACUCUCGUACAUCAGCUCCUUCAAUUUGGGCCGUCGGUGAUGUUACAGACAGAAUAAAUUUGACACCAGUUGCUCUGAUGGAGGGAGGAGCAUUGGCAAAAACUCUUUUUGCAAAUGAACCAACCAAACCAGAUUAUAGGGCUGUGCCGUCUGCAGUCUUCUGCCAGCCGCCUAUUGGACAAGUUGGUCUUACAGAAGAUGAGGCCAUCAAGAAAUACGGUGAUGUUGACAUUUACACGUCAAAUUUCAGGCCCUUGAAGGCUACUCUCUCUGGGCUGCCUGACCGGGUUUUCAUGAAACUUAUCGUAUGUUCAAACACACAAAAAGUUCUGGGGUUGCACAUGUGUGGAGAUGAUUCACCUGAAAUUGUGCAGGGAUUUGCAAUUGCUAUAAAAGCUGGUUUAACGAAGGCUGAUUUUGAUGCCACAGUGGGUAUUCAUCCUACAUCGGCAGAGGAGCUUGUCACCAUGCGGAAUCCAACACGGAAGAUCCGAAACAGCCCUCCAUCUGAGGUUAAAAGGGAUUUUGAGGUCAAAUCUGCAGGAGUCUAGUUGUCUAUCAAUACAAUGAAGAGCAAAGCUUUAUUUUUUCCUAGUUUUAGUUUGCAGUUUGUAGAGUACUUGAUGCGAAUGCGAAAGAGUGUAAGAUGCAAGGUCUUUGAGGCCUCAGACGAACUCUGGCAAAGCGAAGAUUUUGAGCUUCGGUUGGUUUUUGCAGCCAGUGAUGACUCAAAUGACAGUUUUCCUCCCCUCUGGAGCACAGAUGUUGCCAAAUAUCGUAGAGUCCCUGCAGCAGAUGCAUGUAUAAGUUAUAUACCAAUGCGCUGCACAGAGCUGUGGAUUCGUAAUGGAGGUGCUGCUAUUCUGUAUAUUUGAACUUAAAUAGGAAUUGUUUUCUCAUGCCACAACAACUCUAGCUGCUAAUAAUUGUCGUUUUGUGCCCUGAUUGAUGUUUAGGAUUCAAAUUUGAGCCUACUGCUAGUGUUAACGUGCAGCUUCUCUGAAUUAUUUAAUUUGGAAUACUCAAUUUGCAGUUAAAUUUUA